AUGACGUGACAGAGACACAAACACCGUGUGCUGGAUGUCUUUCUGCAAAACCUGCACCCCACACACCUGUACCUGGAUUUUAAUCUCCGUCUGCUUUGAUUAAACCGCCUCAAACACUCUAAAGGCAAUAAAGAAAACUCUAUGCUUUGACUUCUAUGAUGCCAAAUCCAGUAAAUCUGAGUACUGAAGAGUGGUCGUCUGUGUUGAAUGUUUGCAAAUGAAUCCACGUGAAGAAGCAGUUGCUGUGUCCCUGGCUCUCGCUCUGAACGGCGUCUUUACGAACACCAUCAAGCUGAUCGUUGGCAGACCCAGGCCGGAUUACUUCCAGCGCUGCUUCCCGGACGGACAAGUGAACGCCAAGAUGCUGUGCACCGGGGAGCCAGACGUCGUCUCGGAGGGACGCAAGAGUUUCCCCAGCAGCCACUCGUCCUUUGCGUUCUCCGGUCUGGGCUUCACCUCCUUCUACCUGGCGGGGAAGCUGCAGUGCUUCACGGAUCAGGGUCGGGGGCGGAGCUGGCGUCUGUGUGCCAUGGUGCUGCCUCUCUACAGCGCCUUGAUGAUCGCUCUGUCACGCACCUGCGACUACAAACACCACUGGCAAGACGCCGUCGUUGGGGGCGUCAUCGGCUUGUUGUUCGCGUACAUCUGUUACCGGCAGCACUACCCCCCCUUCCUGCACUCGGACUGCCACUUGCCUUACGCCAGUCUGCCUGCCGCCCCGCACUCGCCCCCGCUGCUUCAGGACGACCCGCAGCCCACCGACAACGCCACCAGCCUCCCCCUGGAGGGUCUGACUGAAGGGCCGGUAUGACUAGUGGCCCCCGGGGAGACCCCCCUGCACACCCUGACCAAACCCCAGAGUUCCCCUCCCUCCUCCCAGUGACUGACUCGUUUACAUUCCAGUGGACAGACACACACCCUGCUCGUCUUCAUCACGCUCAGCUUUGUUCUUUACUCUGACGUUAGAAGAACACGGGACAUCGAGGAACAAAGAUGUCGGACUAACGGCGGAGGAACUGGACGAAGAUUUCCUCACACAUUUGAUAUUCUUAUCGUGCAUCGUUUUUACCGCCACAGCAACAAACAUGGCUUCAUAAAUAUGAAUAUGAUCAUGGUGCAUUUUGUAGAUUGAAGGAACAAAGAGAGAAAACGGAGAAGGGCUGCUUCCUGUUUCUGACAACAACGACUUUUAGAGGUGUUUUUAAAGGCUGCUGAUAAAAAGGGAGGAAGUGAUGGAAAGAAAGGGAGGGGAAUAAAACAGACAAAGGUCAGGAGGCAGUUUGGCUUUAAGUACGGUCCUUUAAUUCUUCAGUAUAUUUAAUAUUCAGCCGUUCAAAGAUUCACAAAGCGUCACAGUUCAACCAUCAGAUGUUAAAUUCACAUUACACGAUCUGAUAACUCUUCAGUCACAUCUUUGUGUUAAAGUCCGACUUUAAACGUCCGUCUGCAGUUUUACAACUCAAGGACUCGACUCACUCCGGAGCCGCUCUGCUCUUUACUAUGUGUGUUGUCAUAGCAGCAUUAUAUAACAGAAGAAGGACGAUACCCAGCGUUCCCAUGCAUUCAAACCACUCUCUGUUCUUCUGUUACAGCCUGUUAAACUGUGAUGUGCAUUUCAGCACCACUCCUCUUCCUCACUCAUCUUCCUCUCCAUGUUUCUGUCGUCAUUAUGUUCUCCACUCUUACAGAUUUUAAGGCAGAUUUUUUUCUUCUCUCUGUUAGUCUGAUUUUCUGCAGAGCUGCUUGUGGGACCCAAAGUCUUUAUUUCAGUGAUCAUUAUUGUCAGAUAAAAACAGAAACACAAACAGAUCAGAGCGACACAGGAGAGACAACAGCCAGCGGUGAGCGUUGGCCAGAUAUCAAACAUUUGAAAGACGCAUGACGCAGCAGAGUGUGUGGACGGUCCCCCGCAAUCUGAAAGAGAUGUUUUCAUAUUAAACUUGUACUUUAGCAAGAUGGACUAAAAACACAUGUGAACAAAACAAUCAUGUAAUAACAAGAAAACACAAAUAUGUUGAUCAAUCAUCGCAAACAACAGUGUGAAAGAGGGACCAUCAGACAGCUCCCUUAAAGUGAAGCCAAAAGAUUUAGAGCUCCCCCUGCUGACUGUCCGCAGUACAGAUCGUGCACCCCGCCUCCUCCAUGUUAAUAGAUUGGACAUGGGUCGAACUCUAAAAUUCUAGAACUCUGUCUUUGAUCUCAGAAUUCUAGAACUUUGCCUUCGAUCUCAGAAUUCUAGAACUUUGCCUUUGAUCUCAGAAUUCUAGAUCUCUGCCUUUGAUCUCAAAGACAGAAUUCUAGAACUCUGCCUUUGAUCUCGAAGACAGAAUUCUAGAACUCUGCCUUUGAUCUCAAAGACAGAAUUUUAGAACUGCCUUUGAUCUCAGAAUUCUAGAACUCUGCCUUUGAUCUCAGAAUUCUACAACUCUGCCUUUGAUCUCAGAAUUCUAGAACUCUGCCUUUGAUCUCAGAAUUCUACAACUCUGCCUUUGAUCUCAGAAUUCUACAACUCUGCCUUUGAUCUCAGAGUUCUAGAACUGCCUUAGAUCUCAGAAUUCUAGAACUCUACCUUUGAUCUCAGAAUUCUAGAACUCUACCUUUGAUCUCAGAAUUCUAGAACUCUGCCUUUGAUCUCUGAAUUCUAGAACUCUUCCUCUAAUCUUAAAGGCAGAAUUCUGAGAGGAAAGGUUACGACUUAAAAAAAAUAGGUGGCCCAAACCCUCUUCCAUAUUAAGGCCAUUAUUGACAGCUGUUUUGACUAAAGAAGCUCCUGCAGCAGCUGUGUCCCCCGGAUUAUCAGAGUAGAGGAGAAACGGGGAGAGGAAACGUAACAAACACUUACACAAGAAUCUGUGACGCUGUGGACUGGACCUACCUGACAUCAUGAAGUCUGUGAGGGGUCAGUGCUCGGGCUUCAGGGGGCGAUUGGGAUCAGGCCGAUGAGUAUGAUUAAUGACAGGCAGGUGAGGAUGAUGAGGAGGAAGUGUGUGUGGACGGACACACACUGAAUGUGCAUUAAUCCUCAUUAAGUGAGGUCAGACCUCGCUGCUUAUGAACCCAUCAUAACUGGAGAGGAUCCGCACAGACUGUCACAGAUAUCUAUCUGCACACUGCAGAUCCAACAUUCAUGAGAGGACAGAUGUCUAAUCUGAUGUAUUCGACCUUUAUAUAAUAUUUAAAGUAUUCAAUCAACAGAACAGUGAAAACAAAGACACAAUAGAUUUGAACCUCCUGCUCAGCUCCCUCAGACCUCAGGUCCUGCCUCCUUCACAGAGGACUCUGCCUCCCCGUCAUCAGCAGGGCAAUUUGCUGUCUCUGCCAGGUUCUGUCAGCAAUGAUGGAUAAUUGUGUUGCCCUGGUUACUGUGUCUUUCUGCCAUUGCUGCAACAUUAAGAGGAAGGUGCACGCUCAGAUUAUCUUCAAACUGACCCAGAUCUGAAAAAAGGAAAGUGUACUUAUUAACUCUGCAGAUUUCAGGCUGAAGAACCAGGAGAUGGAACAUCAGAAAGAAACAUGUCAGAGGCUAUAAGUAACUUUAUUCAAUUCUCAGUUUACUGAUCAAGCGUUUCUGUGUAUGUGUUAACCUUCAACUUCCAAAACACACAUUUAGUUUUACAAAGCAGCCGUUCAAAUCAGCCUCAACCUCUGCUGCCGUGUCCGAGUUCAUGGACUCAGUUUGUUAGUGAAAAGACGAGGGACGCUUUGCCGUCCACAUUAAAAAGAAAAUCAAUAUUUAUUCAAAUCAACUAAAACGAAGCUUCUUUCAGUAAUGCGACCCAUCGACAGCUUGUGCAAUGUGUGCAAAUGUUUAUAAAGCUCAUCUCUGUUGACAAGUGCGAACAAGCUACAGAGACCCAGAUGAUUUCCAUUCAUAGCAAAAGCUGCUAAUCCACAGGAUCAUUAAAAGUCAUUAACAAAAGUCCAGAACAAACAUGAUAAAGAAAUAAGUUACAAACAACUAGAUUGGACUUGAAACAAAAACAUGAACCACAAACCCAGAAAACUAAAGCAACAAAGAAACGCUGCAAAUCAAGUUAUCAUAAUAGAAGUCCUCCAGGCCUGAGGGGGGCGCUAGACUGUGACAUCCCCUGUUAGCUUCAGAAGUGGACGAAUGCUAGUGGUCGGCGUGUUGAAAAUGCGACUCAAACUCACUUUAGAUCGACUUAGACUCUUGCAAAGGGGUGGAGCUAAAUCAGGACUCACGCUGCCAGGAAAACUGCCACAGUCAACCAAACCACGCCCCCAAUUAUGCUAAUGAUGCAAAACUCUUAAGCCUUAAUUUAAUCAAGUCUGAGGAGUUAUGAGGAGACAGAAAUGAGUGGGAACAUUUGUAGACUUUUGGAGUCAGCCUUCGGUGGACACUUGAGGAACUGCAGUUUAUUAUUAAACUUCCAUUCCCCCCCCCCUCCCCAAUAUCCUGUAUAAUAAAUGGACGUAGUCUGCUUUGAAGCCGAUCGUCAGUGGGUGCCAUAUUGUAAACUCAACCUAGCUUCUGUGGAGCCAGUGUGAGGUAAAGAGGCGGACCUUAACCCUCCUCCCUAACAGCUACAGUGUUCCCGCCUGUCAAUGAGGUCAGCCACGCCCUUAUUUGGGCACAACUCGUAACUGUUAUAUCUUCAAAAAUAACAAGAUGUAAAAAAAAUUCACCCACGUACAGUGUGUGCUUACAGAGAAACUCACUACAGCUGUAAAGAUCGGCUCUUUGAAUGGGUGUGUAUAUGGUUUCCGAUACUUCUGGAGCCAGCCUCUAGUGGUCACUCAAGGAACUGCAGUUUUUAACACUUCCGCAUGGGCUUCAUUUUUUAAGACCUGAGGUUGCUGCUUGGCUUUUUCUUUGAGAAGCUGUUUUUUUAAAAGUUUCUUUAAGUUCUAUGUUCCAAUGAGUGCCCCCUACAGGACAGGAGGACCUCCAAUGUGAUAACUGGAGAUGAGGCUUAAACAACGUGAAGAUUACGGCGUGCUAGUUCGAGUUUCAGUUUGAUAACACCGACUACAAUGAUGAAAUCUUGUGUAUAGUUAGCAUCUUCUCACCAGGCUAUUUUUUAACACAUCCCAUCAUUAUGCAAAAUGUCUUAAAUAUAGACAUUAGGGAAAAAUGAUCCAACGUAAGUCAUGGAAGUCCCGUUUCUUCACUGCUGCCUUCUCCAUGCUUAAGUUUGUAGUCGCAGGAUCUCUAACGAUACUCUGAGUCUAGCAGCCUUUCCAUCACUCAGACCUGUACCAGUGCAGAUCCACGAACAUGGUUUAUCCUCUCAUGGUGUGUUUUUGCAGCAGUCUGGACUUGCAGCAUCUUUCUGUUGUUGCAUUUGAUUCAGACGACUGUUUCUGUUUUUCAGUUUAAGUUUCUCUGAAUUUGCAGCCGAUCUUUAGCCGCUCCCACUUUGUGCACCACCAUACGUUCCCACAGUGAUGCAAUACAUAAACAAACCUUUCCCCCCUGAGAUUAAGGUGCUGGACUCUGCACAUCAGACUCUGCACAUCAGACUCUGGACAUCAGACUCUGCACAUCAGACUCUGAGUCGAUCAGAGACGAACUCUGAGAUUCGGACACUUUGCUGUGUUUUGAUGAGAUGAUUGUGACUCAGCUUCUUCGUUCUGUGACUCACGUUGGCCUGGCUUUGCGGUCUGAUGUUUGUUCUUUGUCAUUUAGUUUGAUCUUAUAGAUGGAGUGUAUUAGAAAAUGUUUAUGCUAUGUGAGAGUUUUUUGAUCCACCCAUCUCUUGUUUUGAUUUGGUGCUAUUGAGAGUUUUGUAGCAGUAGUUUCACCUCUCAAACGGUGGAUGUGUCAUUUUAAAGGAGAGCUGAGUAAUUUUAUACUAAAAAAGAAAACAUAAAAACAACUUGAUUAUUUUGUGCUCAAGGACAACCCGUGCUUGGAGCUGUUAUUUUUCUUGAAGCAUUUUCUCCUCCCGAGGACUGACGGGGCGAAAGAAGAUAAAAAAGAUCAGAGACUGAUCAGUUAUAUGAAUAGAUGUCUGAAGAAAAACCGAGUGUAAGAUGUAAGAGUCUUUGUUCUUGGCAUGCUGAUUCCAUUUGUGUGAAAAGACUGUUUUCUAUCAAUAAGCAUGUCUGGCCUUGAGAUAUUUUGCUGUUUAUAUUCUUUCUGUAAAAUAAAGGACUGCAGCCUUGUGAAAUCUAACCCGGGUCGAGAUCAGAAGAGUCCGAUGGAUCCUGUCGGAGGGGGAUCAUCGGAGCCGCCUCGCUCGGAUUCAACACGGCCGUUAAAAAAUAAGGUGUAAGAAUGUCGUCCCUGUAACGGAUCAGAGGUUUGACAUUAUUCUUAUAUUGUAUGCAAAUAAAUGAUCUUACAUUAACCAGCAGCAGACGUUUAAAUGAGCAACAUCCGAAAUUCAGUGAAUGGAUUAAAGCUUAAAGGAGCAGCUGAAUGUGUGUGUGAGUGUAACUCCGUUCUCAGUGUGUGUUGUGGUUUUCAGUUGUGUUACUCUUGUUUAGACAGUUUUCAAUAAACUUGUAUGCUGA